CACUGCACGGGCCUGCCUAGACCUGCUUCUGUCCUGGAUCCAUCGCUACAUCGACAGUCAAGACAGCAGCGGCAGACAGGUGUGUUGUGACAUCAGCCUGCACGGACCUUUCUACACUGCCUGCCAGGCCGUUUUCUACACAGUCAUCUUCAGACACAGAGCCAUCCUGGAGGCCAACAUGAAGAAAGGUCUGGAGUACCUGCAGAGCCUGAACCUGGAGCGGGUGGUUCUGUCUCAGCUGAACCCUCUUAAAGUCUGCCUGCCUUCAGUCACCAGCAUGUUUGCUGCCAUCACCAGGAAGUAUCAGGUGGUCUUCUGCUACAGCGUCAUAGAGAAGAACAACAAGCAGGUCCUGCCAGUGGUCCGCAGCUCUGCAGGGGGAGAUGGAGUGAGCACCAACACCAAUCCUCUGGACAGCUUCUUUCCCUUUGAUCCCUAUCUCCUGAAAAGGUCUGGUCAGCUGAUCGAGCCUCUCUAUCAGGUCUGGGAGGAACUGUCAGACACAGAGCUACAUUUAGCUAAAUCAGGCCAAAAGGCCUCAAAAGAGGAUGAGGAUGACUUCCUGUGUGGAGAGACCCCGCACAACGAGGGCAUCCUGGGAAUGACGCCCAGCUCGUUUGGUUCAAACAUCUGCAGUCCAAGCAGCGUGGGRUCGCCCCCUUUUACCCGCCAGCACCCUCUCUAGUUCAGAUCCCUCAGGAUGAACUCUUCUGUUCUGACAGAACUCUCUGGGAUUCAUCAGAACCUCCUGUUGGAAACUCUCUGGCCAACCCCACACAAACACAAGUUUGUAUUUCUAUGCUUAUUAGGACCGCUCAUUGGRUUCCAUUCAUUUCCAGUCAUUUCUAUAGCCUAAACUUGACUCCUUACCCUAAAACUAAUCCCCCCCAGUACUAAAGCUAAACUCAGCUAAACUAAACUCACACCUUAGUCCUAAACCGAACCCCCAAUCCUUUGGGUCCCCUUAAGGAUUACAGGUAGGUGWGUAUACAACAAACAAGUUGACAAAUACAAGCAUACAGACAUUUAAGAUUGGACUUACUGUCUUUAUGUGAAACAGAGACAGCAUGAACCUGAGUCUGUGUGGUGACUUUACCUGCUGCCCCCUAAUUUUUCAUUGAGGAACAUCAUUCUGACAUUGUUUCACUGUUUUUAGACACAGUUUUUCAGACUUGUGGACUGCUGCCCAGAUGUGCUGUGGAGAAAUUCAUCUUCUCCAAAAUUUUCUUAUUUACCCAAGUCUGUGACUGAUCUGUCACCAMUUAACCUUAUAGUUACAAAAUGCUCCUCCAGCUGUUUCUUACUCAUACCGCUUACUUUUACAGACUUGCAGCCCCAGUUUAAAAUUUGUUAAAACUUGUUGGUGCCGUUAAAUUCAAAAUAUUUAUUGUUAAUUUUUACAACUUCUUUGUUUCAAUAAUGGUUUGUGUUCUGUUGUAAAUAAAACAUAGGUUUAUGAGAUCUGAAAA